GUCAGGCAUAUGUGCGGACUCCCGCCGCGGGGUCCUUCUUCAGUAAGGUUGUUUAGAGAAGAUGGCGGCAGCUCUGCAGUAUCCAGCUAAUGUUUCGUCUUUUAACUCUUAUAAUGAUUUGUUUCCUGACUGGACGCAGAGGGAAGUCAGCACAGGGACCACCAUCAUGGCGGUGGAGUUUGAUGGUGGAGUUGUGAUCGGCGCCGACUCCCGCACGACCACCGGCGCUUACAUCGCCAACCGCGUGACGGAUAAACUCACGCCCAUCCACGAUCGGAUCUUCUGCUGUCGCUCGGGCUCGGCGGCCGAUACGCAGGCCAUCGCUGACGCCGUCACCUACCAGCUGGGCUUCCACAGUAUCGAGCUGGACGAAGCUCCUCUGGUCCAGACGGCGGCCAGUCUGUUCCGGGACAUGUGCUACAGGUACAGAGAGGAGCUGAUGGCCGGGAUCAUCGUGGCCGGCUGGGACAAACGGAGGGGCGGACAGGUGUACACGGUGCCGGUUGGAGGGAUGAUGACCAGGCAGCCGGUGUCGGUCGGUGGAUCCGGCAGCAGCUACAUCUACGGAUAUGUGGAUUCAAACUACAAAGCCGAAAUGAGCAAAGAGGAGUGUCUCAAAUUCACUGCAGGAGCGCUGGCUCUGGCCAUGGAGAGAGACGGCUCCAGCGGAGGAGUGGUGAGACUGGCUGUCAUCACGGAGCAGGGAGUGGAGAGACAGGUCAUCCUCGGGAACCAGUUACCACAGUUCUCCACCGUCUGAAUCUCACCGAUCUGUCUGUUAGGAAAACCUCAAGGUGUUUCUGUAGAUGUUUGUCAUACAAAGUUCCAAUAAACAUGACUUCUUUCAAA